CCGGCGCGGCGGCGCGGGCAGGACGGCUGGAGCCGGAGCGCGGAGAGGGGGCAGCAGAGGGCGAGGAGCGAGCGGCGAGCGGCAAAGAGUGAAGUGGGCAGCGCGGCGGCGAGCGCAGGGCCCGGCGAGCAUGAGCGCGGCGGCGGCGGCGGCGGGCGCGGCGCGGGGCUCGGGGCCGGCGGGCGGGCGGGCGGCGCGGGCCGCCCAGUAGCCCGGGCGGGCGGCGGGGCAUGCGGCCGGCGGCCGGACCAGGAGCCGGAGCCCCAGCCCGAGCCCGAGCGCCGCGCCGCGCCCCGCGCGCCUAGGAGCGGGCUCCUGCCCGGCGCCGGCCCGGAGCCCCCGAGCGCCCGCAGCCCCCGAGCCGGGACAACUGUUGCGGCGGCGGCGACGGGGGCACGGCGGGGGCGUGGGCGGCCCUGCACCCCACCAGGCGGCUCAGCCCCGCGAGCGCCGGCUCCCGGCGGCGGAGCGACGAGCGAGCGGGCGGCGGGCACGAGGCGGCUCUCGACGGAUCGAUGAAAGCCAAACGAUGACCAGUUGUGGCCGGCAGUCCCUGAACGUGCUCACCGUGCUCUCGUUGCUGCUUUCUGCAGUCCUGUCCGCGCAUUUCCGGGUCUGUGAGCCCUACACGGACCACAAAGGCCACUACCACUUCGGCUUCCACUGCCCCCGGCUCUCGGACAACAAAACCUUCAUCCUCUGCUGUCACCACAACAACACGGUUUUCAAAUACUGCUGCAGCGAGACCGAGUUCCAGGCGGUGAUGCAGGCGAACCUCACGGCCGGCUCCGAGGGCUACGUGCACAACAAUUACACCGCCCUGCUGGGAGUGUGGAUCUAUGGCUUCUUCGUGCUGAUGCUGCUGGCCCUGGAUCUUUUGUAUUACUCGGCAAUGAACUACGACGUUUGCAAGGUCUACCUGGCGCGGUGGGGCAUCCACGGACGCUGGAUGAAGCAGGACCCCCGGCGGUGGGGGAACCCUGCCCGGGCCCCCCAGCGGGGGCAGCAGGCCCCGCAGCCCCAGCCUCCCCCCGGCCCCCUGCCGCAAGCCCCCCAGGCUGUGCACACACUGCAGGGAGACACCCACAGCCCGCCACUGGUGACCUUCCAGAGUUCAUCUGCCUGAAAACCCUUUUGCCGUGCCUCAGGACGGGGGAGGUGAGACCUGGAGCACCCGGCGCAACCUCCGAGGAGCACAGCUUCGACAGAGAGGCCAGGGAGAGCCGAGGCGGCCGCGGCGGUGGCAAAGAAGGAAAUGCCACCUGUGCUCACCACCCUCUGCCACGGACUUCUACAACUAGGAGCAGACUCAGG